AUGGCAAGCCAGAAUCAGCAACAACAACCAGAAAUUUCUCAAAGAUGGGGCAGCGGGAGCAACCGCAUAGCUGCUAUCAAUGUAGAGGGAACGACACCAUCUCCCAUUGUCACGACUACCAACAAUGACGACAAAAGUUUUGACGAUCAGCAGAAACCUGGAUGGAAAAAGUUUGUGGCGUUUAUAGGCCCUGGUUUUCUUAUCUCAAUGGCUUAUAUUGACCCUGGAAGCUUGGAAACUGGUUUGCAAGCAGGAUCUAUUCACCAAUAUGAGCUAUUAUGGGUAAUUCUUAUCGGAUUGAUCUUUGCUCUUAUAAUCCAGUCCCUUGCUGCAAAUCUUGGUGUAUGCACUGGUAAACAUUUAUCAGAAUUAUGCAAGGUUGAGUACCCAAAAUAUGUCAACUACAGCCUGUGUUUGCUGGCCGAAAUAGCUGUCAUAAACGCUGAUAUCCCAGAAGUGAUUGGGACAGCCUUCGCUUUAAACAUACUCUUGCACAUCCCAGUAUGGGUUGGAGUUCUCAUCACUGGCUUGAGCACUAUGCUGUUGCUCGGCCUGCAAAGAUAUGGGAUGAGAAAGCUGGAAAUGUUGAUAGCAAUAUUCGUAUUCAUAAUAGCUGGUUGUUUCUUUGGAGAAAUGGGUUAUGUAAAGCCUCCGGCAGUUGAUGUCUUCAAGGGUCUGUUUAUUCCCAAGCUCAGUGGCCAAGGCGCUGUAAGCGACACCAUCGCCCUAUUGGGCGCCAACGUCAUGCCGCACAAUCUAUUUCUUCACUCAGCUCUUGUGCUUUCCAGAAAAGUGCCCAGUUCUGUCCGUGGCAUAAACGAUGCGUGUAGAUAUUUCCUCAUAGAGAGUGCAGUGCCCAUGUUUAUAGCAUUGUUAAUCAAUGUCGCGAUGGUGUCCGUAACAGGCGCAGUUUGCUCUCGCUCAAAUCUCUCAGAAAAUACCAUUGAGCAGUGCAAUAAUGUUACACUUGACUCUGCUUCUUUCCUCCUCAAGAAUGUGCUGGGAAAAUCGAGCUCGAUUGUUUAUGGCCUUGCCCUUCUUGCCUCAGGGCAAAGUUCCUCCAUCACAGGAACUUAUGCUGGACAAUUUAUCAUGCAGGGUUUCCUGGACAUCAAAAUGAGACAAUGGCUAAAUAAUUUGAUGACAAGGUGCAUUUCAAUUACGCCAAGUCUCAUUGUUUCAAUUAUUGGUGGACCUCAAGGGGCAGGAAGAUUAAUCAUCAUUUCUUCGAUGAUACUGUCAUUUGAACUGCCAUUUGCUCUUAUCCCUCUUCUAAAAUUUAGCAACAGUAGUAGCAAGAUGGGACCCCACAAGAACUCUAUAUAUAUCAUCGUUAUUUCAUGGAUUUUGAGCUUGGGAAUGAUAGGCAUCAAUGUGUAUUUCUUGAGCACAGGAUUUAUAGGUUGGCUAAUCCACAAUGACUUGCCCAAAGUCGGAAAUGUGUUCAUCGGCAUUGUUGUGUUUCCCCUGAUGAUCGUUUAUAUAUUAGCACUCAUCUACUUAGUUUUCCGAAAAGACACUGUUGUGACAUUUAUUCAACCCACAGAGCAACACCCAGUAACCCAAGUUAACAUAGAGAAUGAGCUUGCAAACCCUAAUGGACAGAUGGAAUUGGACUGUAUACCUUAUAGAGAUGAUUUGGUUGAUAUCCCUCUACCACAGUAG